AUGGGGUACACCGCUCCCAGAAUCCUCCUCCUGCUGCUCUUGGCGGCCCUGGUCCUAACCGAGAUCUCUGCAGGCUCCCAUUCCCUGCGGUAUUUCUUCACCUCCGUGUCCCGGCCCGGCCGCGGGGAGCCCCGAUACAUCGCUGUCGGCUACGUGGACGACACGCAGUUCGUGCGGUUAGACAGCGACACAGAGAAUCUGAGGAUGGAGCCGUGGGCGGAGCGGGAGGGGCCGGAGUAUUGGGAGGAGGAGACACGGCGCGUCAAGGGCUAUGCACUGAGUGACGCAGUGUGCGUGGACAUCCUGCGCGGCCUCUACAACCAGAGCGAGGGAGGGUCUCACACCAUCCAGAGUAUGUACGGCUGCGAUCUGAGGCCGGACGGGCGCUUCCUCCGCGGGUACUGGCAGUACGCCUACGACGGCGUCGACCAUAUCACCCUGAACCAGGACCUGCGCUCCUGGACCGCGACGGACUCUGUGGCUCAGAUUUCCGUGCCCUAUUUGGAGGCGAGCGGUCGUGCGGAGUACUGGAGGGUCUACCUGGAGGGCAGGUGUGUGGAGUCUCUCCGCAGACACCUGGAGUACGGGAAGGACACGCUGCAGCGCGCAGAUCCCCCAAAGACUCAUGUGACCCACCACCCCACCUCUGACCAUGAGGCCACCCUGAGGUGCUGGGCCCUGAGUUUCUACCCUGCGGAGAUCACACUGACCUGGCAGCGGGAUGGGGAAGACCAGACCCAGGACAUGGAGCUUAUAGAGACCAGGCCUGCAGGGGAUCGAACCUUCCAAAAGUGGGCAGCUGUGGUGGUGCCUUCUGGAGAGGAGCACAGAUACACGUGCCAUGUGCAGCAUGAAGGACUGCUGGAGCCCCUCACCCUGAGAUGGGAGCCAUCUUCCCUACCCAGCACCCCCAUGGUGGGCAUCAUUGCUGGCCUGGUUCUCCUUGGAACUGUGCUCACCGGAGCUGUGGUUGCUGCUGUGAUGUGGAGGAGGAAGAGCUCAGGUAGGGAAAGGGGGAGUGGCAGGGUCUACAUUUUCUUGUCCCACUGGAGUUUCAAUUUCAGGUAGCAGGGUGUGGUGGGUUGUUCAGUGUCACAAUUUGCUG